UUCGUGUGUUCAAACCCAUAUAUCAAGGGUCACGCCCCGAACUGUCCAUAACGAGGUCAGCAUCAAACUCUCUCGUUGGGCUUCCUAACCCCUUCACUCCCUCGAUUGCCUCUAAGAGAACACACGAUCCUUUGCAUAUACUCUUCUAUUAUCCGCAAGAUGAACGCUCUCGCUCUCGCACUCGCCAUCAGUGGCGCUGCUGCUCGCCCGCAGAAUGGUCUUGCCAGCCUUCUGAACGCUGCCGGUGCAGAGCUCAGUCAACUGGCCGGUUACCAGGCCGCCACCCCUGCGCCAAACACCUACACUGCCACCAGCACGUCCGCUGUUCUCGCUGCUCAAGCAACUGCUCCCUCCAACGCCAAGGUCGGUCCAUACAUUCCCGGUCUCGCUUUCGACCGUUUCAUCACCAUCUGGCUUGAGAACACCGACUACAGCGCUGCCGCCCAGGACCCGAACCUGCUAUGGCUCGCACAGCAAGGCAUCACGCUUGAGAACUACUUCGGCGUAACGCACCCCUCCGAGCCCAACUAUGUCGCGGCUGUUGGCGGUGACAACUUCGGCAUGGACAACGACAACUUCAACCAAAUCGAUGCCAAUGUCUCUACCGUUGUGGACCUGCUCGAGGCUCGCAGCAUCUCGUGGGCCACGUACCAGGAGUGCAUGCCCUACACCGGCUUCGAAGGUUUCUCCUGGAUCAAUGGCACGACGAAGAAGAACUGCUACGUCCGCAAGCACCACCCAACUGUCAUCUACAACUCCAACACCACGCCCAAGCGUCUGGCCGUGCAGAAGAAUUUGACUGAGUUCUACAACGAUCUUGCCGCCGAGCAGCUGCCCCAAUGGAGCUUCAUCACGCCGAACAUGCUCAAUGACGGCCACGACACCUCGGUCACCUAUGCCGGCAACUGGACCCGCACGUUCCUCGAGCCGCUGCUCAGCAACGAGUACUUCAUGAAGAACACGCUAAUUCUCGUCACCUUCGACGAGAACCACACCUACAGCCUCGCCAACCGCGUGUUCUCCUUCCUCCUCGGCGGUGCUGUCAGCGGCAAAGCCGGUACCAAGGACUCCAACUUCUACAACCACUACUCCGAGAUCGCCACGGUUGAGGCUAACUGGUGGUUGAACACUCUUGGCCGCUGGGACGUUGGUGCCAACGUGUUCAAGAAUGUCGCCGACAUCACCCACGACAGCAUUGAAGCCAACCCGGCCGUCACCAGCGCCAACAACAGCGUCUUCCUCAACUCGUCGUUCGCCGGUCCCUUCAACAGCGGUUUCCAGAAGGCUCCUUACCCGGCGCCGAACGUUAGGAUCACCUCGCCACGUACUGGCCGUUUCAUCCUGCCGGCGAUUGCUUCUACGUGGGGCAACCAACCGAGCUAUUACAACAACACUGUCGUCAUUCCGGAUGGCCAGCACCCACCUGCUGGCUAUGCGUACAACGAUGUGUCCAACUAGGCAUGUUGUAUUUAUCGUUAGGUUCCGUGGGAAGCAUAGCGUGUUGGAAAUUUUAGCGAAGGGGAAGUUUGCUGUCUAGAUUUAUGAAUGAUGUAGCUACGAACGAAAAGCAAUUCUAUCUUUCUCAUCCGUAAUCCUGUCAUCUGACAUUUAUGAUAUGAUUAUCUUAA